GCCGUGUCCACCAGACUGUUUAAUAUCACGUCGUCCACUCUGGUUGCUCAGUCCGUCUAUUAUUACCUGGUCCCACACUUCGGAUCGCUGCUUCCUCUGAAUAGCAUCACUAGCGAAUUGUCCGCAGAAUGUCUUAUCUCGACCCUGAUUACAUUCAUGUCAGUCCUGGGAACUUCACUGAGAAGGCCCAUAAUAGGCCAUUGGCGCCAUAUUGGCUUGCGGUAUGUCUUCACGUGUACGACGGUCAUGGUUGUCCACAAGCAUAACGUGCUUGCGGCGAGGAGCACACCAUUUUCCAUCUUCUUCGGGCUCGCUAAAGGCUUCGGCGCCCUAACGGACGUUGUCGCCACCGUAGCAAUGUGCUUCAUGCUCGCGUCGUCGAGGACCGGGAUGAGUGGUACAAACUCGAUCAUUGAUAUGCUGAUGCAUUACAUCAUGCAUCGCGGCGUGCUCGUCACACUCAUUCAAACCCUGCUACUUAUCACGUUCCACGCAGCUCCGGACCAUCUGUACUGGCUCGCCUUCCAUGUGAACGUCACCAAACUCUACGCGAACACCUUCUGUAAGUAG